GCGUAGCUCGGGUGUACACAGCACACUAAACCGCCCAGCAAGGACAUUUACACAUUCUAAGGACACACAGUUCAGUUCAGGCAGCACCACGUUGACAAGAUGCAACUGUUCGUUAUCUGCCUGCUGGUGUCCACCACGGCCGCGUUCACGAUGUUUGGCCCCCACAUCCGCAUCGUGCCGGGCCAGAAACCCAAUGAGAUAGUCCUCCACUUUCGCAAUCCGUGCAACAACAAAACAAGCACCACCACCCUAAAGCCGCCACCACCUCCUUGUCCUGCUCAUCCCACCACGCCCGCCUGUGAGCACCGCAUUACCAGUCCAGCACCGACGAAGCCGCAAUGUCCACAUGCCACCACUACGCCUCACAAUUGUGGUCAGGACACAACGAGCUCAAGGGCCACCACUCCAAAGCCCACACUAGAAACAACAAUCGGGACAACUUUAAAGACAACUCAGACACCAACACGAGAACCAACCACUCUGAAACCAACUGAAGGUACUACGGCCAAGCCUACAACUCUGAAACAAACCGAACCAACGACUGCCAAGCCGACAACUCUGAAACCAACCGAAGGAACGUCUGCUCAGCCAACAACUCGGAAACCAACUGAAGGUACAAGUGCCAAGCCGACAACUUUGAAACCAACUGAAGGUACAAGUGCCAAGCCGACAACUUUGAAACCAACCGAAGGAACGUCUGCUAAGCCAACAACUCUCAAGCCAACAGAACCAACGACUGCCAAGCCGACAACUCUGAAACCCACUGAAGGAACGUCUGCUCAGCCAACAACUCUGAAACCAACCGUAGGAACGUCUGCUAAGCCAACAACUCUGAAACCAACCGAAGGAACGUCUGCUCAGCCAACAACUCUGAAACCAAACGAAGGAACGUCUGCUAAGCCAACAACUCUGAAACCAACAGAACCAACGUCUGCUAAGCCAACAACUCUGAAACCAACCGAAGGAACGUCUGCUAAGCCAACAACUCUGAAACCAACAGAACCAACGACCGCUAAGCCAACAACUCUGAAACCAACCGAAGGAACGUCUGCUAAGCCAACAACUCUGAAACCAACUGAAGGAACGUCUGCUAAGCCAACAACUCUGAAACCAACAGAACCAACGACUACCAAGCCGACAACUCUGAAACCAACUGAAGGAACGUCUGCUCAGUCAACAACUCUGAAACCAACUGAAGGAACGUCUGCUAAGCCAACAACUCUGAAACCAACACAACCAACGACCGCUAAGCCAACAACUCUGAAACCAACCGAAGGAACGUCUGCUAAGCCAACAACUCUAAAACCAACCGAACCAACGACUGCUAAGCCAACAACACUGAAACCAACCGAAUCAACGACUGCUAAGCCGACAACUCUGAAACCAACUGAAGGAACGUCUGCUAAGCCAACAACUCUGAAACCAACAGAACAAACGACUGCUAAGCCAACAACUCUGAAACCAACCGAACCAACGACUGCUAAGCCAACAACUCUAAAACCAACUGAACGAACGUCUGCUAAGCCAACAACUCUGAAACCAACUGAAGGAACGUCUGCUAAGCCAACAACUCUGAAACCAACCGAACCAACGACUGCUAAGCCGACAACUCUGAAACCGACUGAAGGUACAAGUGAAAAGCCGACAACUCUGAAACCAACUGAGGGAACGUCUGCUAUGCCAACAACUCUGAAACCAACCGAACCAACGACUGCCAAGCCGACAACUCUGAAACCAACCGAACCAACGACUGCGAAGCCGACAACUCUGAAACUAACCGAAGGAACGUCUGCUAAGCCAACAACUCUGAAACCAACAGAACCAACGACUGCCAAGCCGACAACUUUGAAACCAACAGAAUCAACGACUGCUAAGCCAACAACUCAGAAACCAACCGAAGGAACGACUGCCAAGCCGACAACUCUGAAACCAACUGAAGGAACGUCUGCUAAGCCAACAACUCUGAAACCAACCGAAGGAACGUCUGCUAAGCCAACAACUCUGAAACCAGCCGAACCAACAACUCUAAAGCCAACUGAAGGAACGUCUGCUAAGCCAACAACUCUGAAACCAACUGAAGGAACGUCUGCUCAGCCAACAACUCUGAAACCAACCGAAGGAACGACUGCCAAGCCGACAACUCUGAAACCCACUGAAGGAACGUCUGCUAAGCCAACAACUCUGAAACCAACAGAACCAACGACUGCCAAGCCGACAACUUUGAAACCAACCGAACCAACGACUCCUAAGCCAACAACUCUGAAACCAACUGAAGGAACAUCUGCUAAGCCAACAACUCUGAAACCAACAGAACCAACGACUGCCAAGCCGACAACUCUGAAACCGACUGAAGGAACGUCUGCUCAGCCAACAACUCUGAAACCAACCGUAGGAACGUCUGCUAAGCCAACAACUCUGAAACCAACCGAAGGAACGUCUGCUCAGCCAACAACUCUGAAACCAAACGAAGGAACGUCUGCUAAGCCAACAACUCUGAAACCAACAGAACCAACGACUGCUAAGCCAACAACUCUGAAACCAACUGAAGGAACGUCUGCUAAGCCAACAACUCUGAAACCAACAGAACCAACGACUGCCAAGCCGACAACUCUGAAACCAACUGAAGGAACGUCUGCUAAGCCAACAACUCUGAAACCAACCGAAGGAACGUCUGCUAAGCCAACAACUCUGAAACCAACCGAACCAACGACUGCCAAGCCGACAACUCUGAAACCAACAGAACCAACGACUGCUAAGCCAACAACUCUGAAACCAACCGAACCAACGACUGCGAAGCCGACAACUCUGAAACCAACUGAAGGUACAAGUGAAAAGCCGACAACUCUGAAACCAACUGAGGGAACGUCUGCUAAGCCAACAACUCUGAAACCAACCGAACCAACGACUGCCAAGCCGACAACUCUGAAACCAACAGAACCAACGACUGCUAAGCCAACAACUCUGAAACCAACCGAACCAACGACUGCGAAGCCGACAACUCUGAAACCAACUGAAGGUACAAGUGAAAAGCCGACAACUUUGAAACCAACCGAAGGAACGUCUGCUAAGCCAACAACUCUGAAACUAACCGAAGGAACGUCUGCUAAGCCAACAACUCUGAAACCAACGGAACCAACGACUGCCAAGCCGACAACUCUGAAACCAACAGAACCAACGACUGCUAAGCCAACAACUCAGAAACCAACCGAAGGAACGACUGCCAAGCCGACAACUCUGAAACCAACUGAAGAAACGUCUGCUAAGCCAACAACUCUAAAACCAACCGAACCAACAACUCUGAAACCAACUGAAGGAACGAGUGCCAAGCCGACAACUCUGAAACCAACCGAAGGAACGUCUGCUAAGCCAACAACUCUGAAGCCAACUGAAGGAACGUCUGCUAAGCCAACAACUCUGAAACCAACCGAAGGAACGUCUGCUAAGCCAACAACUCUGAAACCAGCCGAACCAACAACUCUAAAGCCAACUGAAGGAACGUCUGCUAAGCCAACAACUCUGAAACCAACCGAAGGAACGUCUGCUAAGCCAACAACUCUGAAACCAACAGAACCAACGACUGCCAAGCCAACAACUCUGAAACCAACAGAACCAACGACUGCCAAGCCGACAACUCUGAAACCAACAGAACCAACGACUGCUAAGCCAACAACUCAGAAACCAACCGAAGGAACGUCUGCUAAGCCAACAACUCUGAAACCAACCGAAGGAACGUCUGCUAAGCCGACAACUCUGAAACCAACCGAACCAACAACUCUGAAACCAACUGAAGGAACGAGUGCCAAGCCGACAACUCUGAAACCAACCGAAGGAACGUCUGCUAAGCCAACAACUCUGAAGCCAACUGAAGGAACGUCUGCUAAGCCAACAACUCUGAAACCAACCGAAGGAACGUCUGCUAAGCCGACAACUCUGAAACCAACCGAACCAACAACUCUGAAACCAACUGAAGGAACGAGUGCCAAGCCGACAACUCUGAAACCAACCGAAGGAACGUCUGCUAAGCCAACAACUCUGAAGCCAACUGAAGGAACGUCUGCUAAGCCAACAACUCUGAAACCAACCGAAGGAACGUCUGCUAAGCCAACAACUCUGAAACCAACAGAACCAACGACUGCCAAGCCAACAACUCUGAAACCAACAGAACCAACGACUGCCAAGCCGACAACUCUGAAACCAACAGAACCAACGACUGCCAAGCCAACAACUCUGAAACCAACAGAACCAACGACUGCCAAGCCGACAACUCUGAAACCAACAGAACCAACGACUGCUAAGCCAACAACUCAGAAACCAACCGAACCAACAACUCUGAAACCAACUGAAGGAACGAGUGCCAAGCCGACAACUCUGAAACCUACCGAAGGAACGUCUGCUAAGCCAACAACUCUGAAGCCAACUGAAGGAACGUCUGCCAAGCCAACAACUCUGAAACCAACAGAACCAACGACUGCCAAGACGACAACUCUGAAACCAACAGAACCAACGACUGCCAAGCCGACAACUCUGAAACCAACAGAACCAACGACUGCUAAGCCAACAACUCUGAAACCAACAGAACUAACGACUGCCAAGCCGACAACUCUGAAACCAACAGAACCAACGACUGCUAAGCCAACAACUCAGAAACCAACCGAAGGAACGUCUGCUAAGCCAACAACUCUGAAACCAACCGAAGGAACGUCUGCUAAGCCGACAACUCUGAAACCAACCGAACCAACAACUCUGAAACCAACUGAAGGAACGAGUGCCAAGCCGACAACUCUGAAACCAACCGAAGGAACGUCUGCUAAGCCAACAACUCUGAAGCCAACUGAAGGAACGUCUGCUAAGCCAACAACUCUGAAACCAACCGAAGGAACGUCUGCUAAGCCGACAACUCUGAAACCAACCGAACCAACAACUCUGAAACCAACUGAAGGAACGAGUGCCAAGCCGACAACUCUGAAACCAACCGAAGGAACGUCUGCUAAGCCAACAACUCUGAAGCCAACUGAAGGAACGUCUGCUAAGCCAACAACUCUGAAACCAACCGAAGGAACGUCUGCUAAGCCAACAACUCUGAAACCAACAGAACCAACGACUGCCAAGCCAACAACUCUGAAACCAACAGAACCAACGACUGCCAAGCCGACAACUCUGAAACCAACAGAACCAACGACUGCCAAGCCAACAACUCUGAAACCAACAGAACCAACGACUGCCAAGCCGACAACUCUGAAACCAACAGAACCAACGACUGCUAAGCCAACAACUCAGAAACCAACCGAACCAACAACUCUGAAACCAACUGAAGGAACGAGUGCCAAGCCGACAACUCUGAAACCUACCGAAGGAACGUCUGCUAAGCCAACAACUCUGAAGCCAACUGAAGGAACGUCUGCCAAGCCAACAACUCUGAAACCAACAGAACCAACGACUGCCAAGCCGACAACUCUGAAACCAACAGAACCAACGACUGCUAAGCCAACAACUCUGAAACCAACAGAACUAACGACUGCUAAGCCAACAACUCAGAAACCAACCGAACCAACAACUCUGAAACCAACUGAAGGAACGAGUGCCAAGCCGACAACUCUGAAACCAACCGAAGGAACGUCUGCUAAGCCAACAACUCUGAAGCCAACUGAAGGAACGUCUGCUAAGCCAACAACUCUGAAACCAACCGAAGGAACGACUGCCAAGCCGACAACUCUGAAACCAACUGAAGAAACGUCUGCUAAGCCAACAACUCUGAAACCAACCGAACCAACAACUCUGAAGCCAACUGAAGGAACGUCUGCUAAGCCAACAACUCUGAAAGCAACCGAAGGAACGUCUGCUAAGCCAACAACUCUGAAACCAACAGAACCAACGACUGCCAAGCCGAUAACUCUGAAACCAACAGAACCAACGACUGCCAAGCCGACAACUCUGAAACCAACAGAACCAACGACUGCUAAGCCAACAACUCAGAAACCAACCGAAGGAACGUCUGCUAAGCCGACAACUCUGAAACCAACCGAACCAACAACUCUGAAACCAACUGAAGGAACGUCUGCUAAGCCAACAACUCUAAAGCCAACUGUAGGAACGUCUGCUAAGCCAACAACUCUGAAACCAACAGAACCAACGACUGCCAAGCCGAUAACUCUGAAACCAACAGAACCAACGACUGCCAAGCCGACAACUCUGAAACCAACAGAACCAACGACUGCUAAGCCAACAACUCAGAAACCAACCGAAGGAACGUCUGCUAAUGCCAAGCCGACAACUCUGAAACCAACCGAAGGAACGUCUGCUAAGCCAACAACUCUGAAGCCAACUGAAGGAACGUCUGCUAAGCCAACAACUCUGAAACCAACCGAAGGAACGACUGCCAAGCCGACAACUCUGAAACCAACUGAAGAAACGUCUGCUAAGCCAACAACUCUGAAACCAACCGAACCAACAACUCUGAAACCAACUGAAGGAACGUCUGCUAAGCCAACAACUCUAAAGCCAACUGAAGGAACGUCUGCUAAGCCAACAACUCUGAAACCAACUGAAGGAACGUCUGCUAAGCCAACAACUCUGAAACCAACAGAACCAACGACUGCUAAGCCAACAACUCAGAAACCAACCGAAGGAACGACUGCCAAGCCGACAACUCUGAAACCAACUGAAGAAGCGUCUGCUAAGCCAACAACUCUGAAACCAACCGAACCAACAACUCUGAAACCAACUGAAGGAACGUCUGCUAAGCCAACAACUCUGAAGCCAACUGAAGGAACGUCUGCUAAGCCAACAACUCUGAAACCAACCGAAGGAACGUCUGCUAAGCCAACAACUCUGAAACCAACCGAACCAACAACUCUGAAACCAACUGAAGGAACGUCUGCUAAGCCAACAACUCUAAAGCCAACUGAAGGAACGUCUGCUAAGCCAACAACUCUGAAACCAACAGAACCAACGACUGCCAAGCCAACAACUCUGAAACCAACAGAACCAACGACUGCCAAGCCGACAACUCUGAAACCAACAGAACCAACGACUGCCAAGCCGACAACUCUAAAACCAACUGAAGGAACGUCUGCUAAGCCAACAACUCUGAAACCAACCGAACCAACAACUCUGAAACCAACUGAAGGAACGUCUGCUAAGCCAACAACUCUGAAACCAACCGAACCAACAACUCUGAAACCAACUGAAGGAACGUCUGCUAAGCCAACAACUCUAAAGCCAACUGAAGGAACGUCUGCUAAGCCAACAACUCAGAAACCAACCGAAGGAACGUCUGCUAAGCCAACAACUCUGAAACCAAACGAAGGAACGUCUGCUAAGCCGACAACUCUGAAACCAACCGAACCAACAACUCUGAAACCAACUGAAGGAACGUCUGCUAAGCCAACAACUCUGAAACCAACCGAAGGAACGUCUGCUAAGCCAACAACUCUGAAACCAACAGAACCAACGACUGCUAAGCCAACAACUCUGAAACCAACUGAAGGAACGUCUGCUAAGCCAACAACUCUGAAACCAACAGAACCAACGACUGCCAAGCCGACAACUCUGAAACCAACUGAAGGAACGUCUGCUAAGCCAACCACUCUGAAACCAACUGAAGGAACGUCUGCUAAGCCAACAACUCUGAAACCAACAGAACAAACGACUGCUAGGCCAACAACUCUUAAGCCAACCGAAACAACGACUGCUAAGCCAACAACUCUGAAACCAACCGAAGGAACGACUGCCAAGCCGACAACUCUGAAACCAACUGAAGAAACGUCUGCUAAGCCAACAACUCUGAAACCAACCGAACCAACAACUCUGAAACCAACUGAAGGAACGAGUGCCAAGCCGACAACUCUGAAACCAACCGAAGGAACGUCUGCUAAGCCAACAACUCUGAAGCCAACUGAAGGAACGUCUGCUAAGCCAACAACUCUGAAACCAACCGAAGGAACGACUGCCAAGCCGACAACUCUGAAACCAACUGAAGGAACGUCUGCUAAGCCAACAACUCUGAAACCAACCGAACCAACAACUCUGAAACCAACCGAAGGAACGUCUGCUAAGCCAACAACUCUGAAACCAACAGAACCUACGACUGCUAAGCCAACAACUCUGAAACCAACCGAAGGAACGUCUGCUAAGCCAACAACUCUGAAACCAACCGAAGGAACGUCUGCUAAGCCAACAACUCUGAAACCAACAGAACCAACGACUGCUAAGCCAACAACUCUGAAACCAACUGAAGAAACGUCUGCUAAGCCAACAACUCUGAAACCAACCGAACCAACAACUCUGAAACCAACCGAAGGAACGACUGCCAAGCCGACAACUCUGAAACCAACUGAAGAAACGUCUGCUAAGCCAACAACUCUGAAACCAACCGAACCAACAACUCUGAAACCAACUGAAGGAACGUCUGCUAAGCCAACAACUCUGAAACCAACCGAAGGAACGUCUGCUAAGCCAACAACUCUGAAGCCAACUGAAGGAACGUCUGCUAAGCCAACAACUCUGAAACCAACCGAAGGAAAGACUGCCAAGCCGACAACUCUGAAACCAACUGAAGGAACGUCUGCUAAGCCAACAACUCUGAAACCAACCGAAGGAACGUCUGCUAAGCCAACAACUCUGAAACCAACAGAACCAACGACUGCUAAGCCAACAACUCUGAAACCAACUGAAGAAACGUCUGCUAAGCCAACAACUCUGAAACCAACCGAACCAACAACUCUGAAACCAACUGAAGGAACGUCUGCUAAGCCAACAACUCUGAAACCAACCGAAGGAACGACUGCCAAGCCGACAACUCUGAAACCAACUGAAGAAACGUCUGCUAAGCCAACAACUCUGAAACCAACCGAACCAACAACUCUGAAACCAACUGAAGGAACGUCUGCUAAGCCAACAACUCUGAAACCAACCGAAGGAACGUCUGCUAAGCCAACAACUCUGAAACCAACCGAAGGAACGACUGCCAAGCCGACAACUCUGAAACCAACUGAAGAAACGUCUGCUAAGCCAACAACUCUGAAACCAACCGAACCAACAACUCUGAAACCAACUGAAGGAACGUCUGCUAAGCCAACAACUCUGAAACCAACCGAAGGAACGACUGCCAAGCCGACAACUCUGAAACCAACUGAAGAAACGUCUGCUAAGCCAACAACUCUGAAACCAACCGAACCAACAACUCUGAAACCAACUGAAGGAACGUCUGCUAAGCCAACAACUCUGAAACCAACCGAAGGAACGUCUGCUAAGCCAACAACUCUGAAACCAACCGAAGGAACGACUGCCAAGCCGACAACUCUGAAACCAGCUGAAGAAACGUCUGCUAAGCCAACAACUCUGAAACCAACCGAAGGAACGUCUGCUAAGCCAACAACUCUGAAACCAACAGAACCAACGACUGCUAAGCCAACAACUCUGAAACCAACCGAAGGAACGACUGCCAAGCCGACAACUCUGAAACCAACUGAAGGAACGUCUGCCAAGCCGACAACUCUGAAUCCAACUGAAGGUACAAGUGCCAAGCCGACAACUUUGAAACCAACCGAAGGAACGUCUGCUAAGCCAACAACUCUGAAACCAACCGAACCAACAACUCUGAAGCCAACUGAAGGAACGUCUGCUAAGCCAACAACUCUGAAACCAACCGAAUCAACGACUGCCAAGCCAACAACUCUGAAACCAACCGAAGGAACGUCUGCUAAGCCAACAACUCUGAAACCAACCGAAGGAACGACUGCCAAGCCGACAACUCUGAAACCAACUGAAGAAACGUCUGCUAAGCCAACAACUCUGAAACCAACCGAACCAACAACUCUGAAACCAACUGAAGGAACAUCUGCUAAGCCAACAACUCUGAAACCAACCGAAGGAACGUCUGCUAAGCCAACAACUCUGAAGCCAACUGAAGGAACGUCUGCUAAGCCAACAACUCUGAAACCAACCGAAGGAACGACUGCCAAGCCGACAACUCUGAAACCAACUGAAGGAACGUCUGCUAAGCCAACAACUCUGAAACCAACCGAAGGAACGUCUGCUAAGCCAACAACUCUGAAACCAACAGAACCAACGACUGCUAAGCCAACAACUCUGAAACCAACUGAAGAAACGUCUGCUAAGCCAACAACUCUGAAACCAACCGAACCAACAACUCUGAAACCAACUGAAGGAACGUCUGCUAAGCCAACAACUCUGAAACCAACCGAAGGAACGACUGCCAAGCCGACAACUCUGAAACCAACUGAAGAAACGUCUGCUAAGCCAACAACUCUGAAACCAACCGAACCAACAACUCUGAAACCAACUGAAGGAACGUCUGCUAAGCCAACAACUCUGAAACCAACCGAAGGAACGACUGCCAAGCCGACAACUCUGAAACCAACUGAAGGAACGUCUGCCAAGCCGACAACUCUGAAUCCAACUGAAGGAACGUCUGCUAAGCCAACAACUCUGAAACCAACCGAAUCAACGACUGCCAAGCCAACAACUCUGAAACCAACCGAAGGAACGUCUGCUAAGCCAACAACUCUGAAGCCAACUGAAGACACGUCUGCUAAGCCAACAACUCUGAAACCAACCGAAGAAACGUCGGCUAAGCCGACAACUUUGAAGCCUACUGCCGGAACAAAGCCACACCAAACUUCUCAGAAGACGACAACCUCUAAGCCAACAUCGGAGAAGACGACAACCGAAUCUCUGCCUCCGUUUAAUAUCUUUGAUGUGAUAACUGGAACACCAUUAACAAGCACUUCCAAUAUUUCGUAAAGCAUUUGAACUACAGUAGUGAUAAGAAUCCGUAAUGUUAAUUUUUUAAUUCUAAUAAACUGUCAACAACAUAACAAUUCUAAAGUUAGUUUAGUAACAUAUUAUUAAAAACCGAACUUUAAAAUUGUAAUUACAAA